AUGGAGAUGAGGAAGAGGAAACCGAAGGUUGUGUCGGCGAAUGAAAUAUAUGAGUACCCCAGUUUUUUUAGAAAGAAGCAGGAGAGUAAGGGAAGGUCCAGCAAAAAUGGCAGAAAUGGAAAAAAUGGUAGAAACGGUGGAAUCGUAGAAGUGGGCGAAGACGCCGAUGCUGCCCCUGCUGAAGACCACAAGAGGGAAGACGGCAGACUACCCGAACCCCAACAGGUUGUUACUUUUGAUAAAUUGGAAGCAGAUGGGGUGGUCCACGAAAUGGAAAACCUUCUGAAAGGCGUCCAGAAUGAAAGAAAUGGACGUAGGCGACGGAAUAAAGGUGGGAAGCAUUUGGGUGAUUACAGCUCAGGUGUGCCUACCUGUGCCGAGAAACAGAGCAACAUUUACGACGACGCAAAGGACAUCGAUAAUGAUGAAAACAAAUUGAGUGAAGCGUCGGAUAACCAGCAGGAGCACUACAAUGAUGACAGCCCGUUCGACCUCUCCUCGCCAAAUGAAGAAGAUGAGCAAAACGCUCUCUAUAGGCCCCGCAACUAUGAGUACAGGAAGAAGAAAAAAAAAAUGAACCACGCGGUAAAGCUGUUACUUGCAAAAUCGAAAUGUGAAAAGGGGAACAGGAAGAAGCUGAAAAAUACCUUAACUGAUCGGGCUAGAAGUUUCGUGGAUGAAGGACAUUCCCUUCACUACGACGUGGAUCUGUUCCACUUCUUGAGUUGUCUGAGCGGGAGGAAAAGUGACGCACUUAACUGGCAAGGGGAUGAAAGUGCAGAUGCCCUGGUAAACUUCAUCAUAGACGAGCUUGUAAAGAAAACCCACCACAAAAGGGAAAGAGAAGAAGAUCCUCCAAUGCAGACAAACAAGCAGUGUGGUCACAAUUCUGACGCAGCGAUAAAAGGGUACCACAACUUCAACGACAUCAACAUAAAGGAAAAAAUUUCCUUCGAACAGAUAAAAAAUUACGAUGAAACAAAUUUAAGGCACAUGUUUUUUAUAGAAAAUAUUAACAUAGACUACAACGGAAGGAAGGUGGAACUCUCCCCAUUUAAAAGUACCACAAUUGGGGAAACUGAAGUGACGACGGGAAGUGGCAAAGGGAACCUAAUUAAGCGAAAAAAAUACAAGACCAAAAAGAAGUCCAAUCUGCGCGAGUGUGCUAACCAUAGGAAUACAUCUCCCUGCACGCGGAUGGAAAGGUUGAAGGUAUGUGUAAACCGCAAGAUAGAUAAUUUGCUAAGUUCCCACAUCUACUUAAAUGAUCAUCAAUUUUCGCUUAACUCGGAGGGGAUCCAGUUUUUGUAUUUUCUGCUCCUGUGCGAUUGUUUAUUUGGCGAUUUGUACGGGCACGGGUCGCAGGAGGGAGGAGGGGAAGAGGAGAACCCUGAGCAAUGGACCGGCAGGAACUACUCACAGGGGGUAGAACUAAACGAUGUAGGUGGUGCUUUGGAGAGAGCAGAUGGGGACGACCCUCCCCAUGGAUACUUCAACUGGAAGAAAAUUAUGACAAAUAUGGAAGCGGAAAUGGUGAAAAUGGGACAGGAGCAAAAUAUCUUUUUAAGUCUUUGUGCCCCGGUAAUUUACUUAGACUUCAGCAGUGGUGUCAAUUUUGUAGACUACCUGAAGGAGGUACUAGAUGCGUCUCUGCCAGAUGGGGAAACCACCUGCGACGAUGACGGGUUGGUUAUGCCAAAUAAUAAGGACAGUGAACUCCCAACCAGGGGGCGAAAGAAAGCACAGAAAGAGCAUGAUGGGGAGGACCCCUUGCUGAACGAUCUGAUGAAUGACCUGCUAAAAAUUUGUGCACAAAUGUUCGAGGGGAAUUUCCUAGCCGUCAGUACGUGCAGUUACCUAAACAGUUACAUGUUUUUAUGUUCGGAGAAAAGGAGCCGGAAUUUUAUUUUUAUAUUUUUCUUGUCGCCAUUUUUCAGCAAGCCGUUACUUUUCGACAUUGUGGAGGUGAACCACAUGUGCAAGAAGGUGGAGUGGAUUAAGCUUCCCCGUGGGAAGGAUAGCGGAAGGAACAGCAAAGAGGACACGGCAAAUGAGAGGCGUGAAAAGCACCUCCACCUACUGCUCUGCCUAGUGGGGAACGAGAUAAGCAUCUACGCCAUUUCGAAGCGCCAUUUAUUCCUCAAACUGUACGACGCGGCAAAAAAUGAACCCACCUCUGUAGAACCAACAGAGUACAUAAAGCAAAAAAUUGCGGACACGAAAUUUGAGAAGGUUUUCUCAUACCACGAUGAAGAAACGCUCACCGAUUUUUCCUACUCCAUCUGUAUAAAUGACAAUCAGAGGUUUUUAAAAAUUGCCUUAACUUUUAAUAGCACCAGAAUAAAAGUGUUGACUGUCUAUUUGAGGGAGAUAAGUAGAUAUGCGAAGAUCACCCGCUUUAUCGAAAGGGAGGAAACUACGAAUGCUUGCGUGCAUACGUGUGUGGAUUAUUUGCUAAGCCAUUUUAAGAACCCCUUGGGGGAUGGUACCGGCUUGGAGAAGGGGACUACCCAUAAGGGGGAAACAGCAACAGGGGAAAAAGUACCCUUAGCGGGAGAUCCUCUACAAACAAAGGAACUUCCCCAAUCAGGGAAAGAUACACAUUGCGUGGCUUUUCACGAAGAUAUCCUGCACCUGCAACAAGGCAUCAUUUCCGUGUGCUCAUUUUACCCCUGCCUCAAUUCUUUUCUUCUCUGUGUUAGCUCCAAGGAAGGAGAAAUAAUAAUAAUAGACAUAAGGAGCACGAACGAGCUUUAUUUUUUCAAGCGGAAGACGGAAAGUGUUACUCACAUGAGGUGGUAUGAAAAUAGCUGCCUAUCCUUUGGACAAGAAAAAGGAUGUAUCAUUCAUCUGUUCGAGAAUAAAUAUUUUUUAAAUAUCGAUAAGGAUUGGACUAGCCAAGUAGACAUUAUAUGCGUACAUAGUUCGCUCCUCAACGAUAUGCAUUUAUUCCUGUUCGAUGAUGGGACUGUGGUUAGGGGUAAGUUAAAGGGGAACUUGUCUAAGGUUAAAAUUAGUGAACUGUUUCUGUGGAAGACGCCAGAUUUUGAGCUAGAUCCAGAGGUACUACUAAGCAUUAGCGCAGAGAAGGGAGACGAAACCGAGUCUGUGUCUCGUAUACUGUUGUAUGAGUACCUGCAGGGGUUACAGAGCAUUUUUAGGAACGGGGUCAAGAUAGGGAAGUCCAAGGCCGUUGAGGUGAAUGCCCGUGAGAAGACGAUUGCGUUGACGCCUAAAUGCGUAUCCAUUGCGAACUUGGGCCAAAAGUAUCUAAUCGCAUACGGAAAUGGAAGUGGUUUGAUUCAUGUGUUUUCGAGGGAGAAGGAUCUGGACGCGAACAGUGUAGGGUGA